AUGGGGAGCACGUGUGCAUCCUCCCAGCGGGGCGAGUGCCGCCCUGCGUCCUCCAUCUGUCUCCACCAGCAGCUGGAGGUGAGCCCGGGCUAUGAGGAGCUGCUGGCCGACAUCGUGAACAUCUGCGUGGAUUACUACGAGAACAAGAUGUACCUGACGCCCAGCGAGAAGCACAUGCUGCUCAAGGUGAUGGGCUUCGGCCUCUAUCUGAUGGAUGGGAACGUCAGCAACAUUUACAAGCUGGAUGCCAAGAAGAGAAUCAACCUUAGCAAAAUCGACAAGUUCUUCAAGCAGCUGCAGGUGGUGCCUCUGUUCGGGGACAUGCAGAUCGAGCUGGCCAGAUACAUUAAGACGAGUGCUCACAACGAGGAGAACAAAUCCAAGUGGACCUGCACCCAAAGCAGCAUCAGCCCCCAGUACAACAUCUGCGAGCAGAUGGUGCAGAUCCGGGACGACCACAUCCGCUUCAUCUCCGAGCUGGCCCGCUACAGCAACAGCGAGUACUCUUGGAAGCUGGUUCACCCCACAGACAAGUUCUGCAACAAGGACUGCCCGGGCACGGCGGAGGAAUACGAGAGAGCCACGCGCUACAACUACACCAGUGAGGAGAAGUUCGCCUUCGUGGAGGUGAUCACCAUGAUCAAAGGCCUGCAGGUGCUCAUGGGCCGCAUGGAGAGCGUGUUCAACCAGGCGAUCCGGAACACCAUCUAUGCCGCCCUGCAGGACUUCGCGCAGGUGACCCUGCGGGAGCCGCUCAGGCAAGCCGUGCGCAAGAAGAACGUCCUCAUCAGCGUCCUGCAGACCAUCCGCAAGACCAUCUGCGAUUGGGAGGGCGGGCGUGAACCCCCCAACGACCCCUGCCCGCAAGGAGAGAAGGACCCCAAAGGGGGCUUCGACAUCAAGGUGCCCCGCCGAGCCGUCAGGCCCUCCAGCACCCAGCUGUACAUGGUGCGCACCAUGCUCGAGUCGCUCAUCGCGGACAAGAGCGGCUCCAAGAAGACCCUGCGGAGCAGCCUGGACGGCCCCAUUGUGCUGGCCAUCGAGGAUUUCCACAAGCAGUCCUUCUUCUUCACCCAUCUGCUCAACAUCAGCGAAGCGCUGCAGCAGUGCUGUGACCUCUCCCAGCUCUGGUUCCGAGAGUUCUUCCUGGAGCUCACGAUGGGCCGGCGCAUCCAGUUCCCCAUCGAGAUGUCCAUGCCUUGGAUUCUGACAGACCACAUCCUGGAGACCAAGGAGCCUUCCAUGAUGGAGUACGUCCUCUACCCGCUGGACCUGUAUAACGACAGCGCCUACUACGCGCUGACCAAGUUCAAGAAGCAGUUCCUGUACGACGAGAUCGAGGCUGAGGUGAACCUGUGUUUUGAUCAGUUUGUCUACAAGCUGGCGGACCAGAUCUUUGCCUACUACAAGGCCAUGGCGGGCAGCGUCCUCUUGGACAAACGCUUCCGGGCCGAGUGUAAGAAUUACGGCGUCAUCAUCCCGUACCCGCCCUCCAACCGCUACGAGACGCUGCUGAAGCAGAGACACGUGCAGGUAUUGGGGGGGGGGGCUCUAGAGAAGAUGGCGCAGAGCUGCAAUGUCGGGGGGUGUGCCAGGGAAUUGCCCAGUGGCGGGGGGGGGGGGGAGUCCCGGGCCCAG